AUGAAAAAAAAAGCGAGAUUUUUUGAAACGGGGAAAAACCAGUUUUUGACCAGUGAUCAGAUUGCUGCCGAAUUAGAGGACUAUAUGGAUGAACAACUUAACACAAUACUGGAAGAUAACAGCACUGUACAAGUAGCAGAGGAAUUAUUAAGGUUUUAUCGAUAUUGCAUAGAGGGCAAUGAAUCCACAGCAAAAACGGAACUUGAGAAAUUACCACCGCUACAGCCUUGGCUUAACUGUGAACGACCUAUUCGAUCUACUCGUCCUUUGCCAGUACAACAGGAUAGCAGCUCGGAUGAAGAUAUGGAUGUGGAUAAAAAUCAACAAGAAGACGAUGGAUGGACAGUAGUUACAAAUAGGCGAAGCAGAUAACUCCCAACUCUGUAUAAAAGAUAUCUUUAUUCAGCGCUUUUCUUCUUCAUAUGUAUGUAUGUAUGUGUAUAUAUAUAUAUAUAUAUAUAUAUGCAUACAGAUUAUGCGUAUAUUCGCUUAUGUACAAUAUCUCAUUAUUAAGUAUACACACAUACAUAGCUCGUACGCACGCACGCACAGCUCUUUAAAUUAGAAUCUGCAAAUUAUAUAUAAUUACACGUAUUAUUUAACGCGAAAAAAAGCUGCUUUGGUCGAGCUAUUUCGAUUAAGCUACUUAAAAGACGAUAAAGUUGCAAUUUCAAACUUAAAUUAUCAAUAAAGGAAAUUUUAAUUUUAAUCGCAAAUUUUAGCGAUUUUAGCAAAAGUUAGAAAUGAAUAAAUUGUUAAAUUAAAACUACAGGUAAAAUAUAUUAUAUAGCUCUAAGUGUCGCAUAUAAGAAGUUACAAAAAAUUUUACAAUAAUAUAAUCUUUUCCACUAUUAUUAGCCACCGUUAUUAAAGACAUUCGUCACUAUGAUUCUCGCAAAAUACACCUCCUCCACUAUCUCUCUGUCGCGUGAUUUUCCGUCUAUCUAAAUUUAUUCUUGCGUAUAUAAUAUAUCAGUGAAGAGAUAAGAAUAUCGUUCGCAAAGGGAAUGUGCCUUACAAUUAGAUUUAUGAAGAUUAAUGAGAAGUGAGCGAUAUUAGUCCCAUUAGUAAUUGGCGAUAGAAAAAUCUGCAUAAGUUAAUAAGUGCGAAGUAGAAUAGUGGAUUUUUAUGAGACGAGAAGAGUGUAUAGUAUAGAUUGUAAAAUUUUGCUCGUAAUAAUGUAUCUUCUUUUUUCUUUUUAUGUAUAUAUAUAAUAUAUACGUACACGUAUGCGCGCGUGUACAAAGACUAAGCUUGCAAGUUCCGUCAUGUAUAUGAAGAGGUACAAAAGUUAUAGAAUAGGCGUUGAGGUCCAAAAGGCUGUCUAAUUCGUGCGAGUCGUUUAACGAUCGUUUUUUUUUUUUUUUU